AUGACAUGGGGCGAUGCGCUCUUUGCGGACAUUGAGUACUGUGUGAUCGUGGCAUUGAUUUGGCGAUAUCAUCGUGGUGCGGUACCAGAGUCUACGGCGAACUUGCGGAAAUUAUCAUUGGCGGCAUUCUUAACUUUACUGAUUCUAACGUUGACCCGCAAGUGUCCAAGCUGGCUGCUGACGCUUUUUGGGGUGGCACCAAUGCCUAUGGUAGUGAUGGGUCGAGUGCCACAGAUUCUGUGCAACUUCCGCAACAAGAGCGCGGGACAACUCUCUCUGCCCAGUCUGGUGAUGCAAUGCGGCGGCAACUUCGCCCGUAUCAUCUCGACCUUGUGCCUAGUACCAGACGCUCUAGUACUCGCCUCCCACUCUAUCGCUUUCCUGUUCAAUCUUGCCCCACUUCUGCAACUGGUCUACUAUGAUGUUUACAAAGCUCCCAAAAAAGUUGAAUAA